UAUUACAUUUCUGUGCUAACUCUUUUUUUCCUUCCUUUCAUUCUUUGCUACCUCAAGUUACAGAAAUCUACCUUUAAGAAAAUUUGGGAAGGCGUUCAUUUCAAUGUCUAUAAACAGUGAAAAUUGCUCAGUCUUUUGAUCGCCUGCUCGUAGCGCUCUCUCUCUCUCUCCUUGUUGUUGGAAUUACAUAUUCAAGAAAGUUACCUAAUUAGAAGAAUGGCACAUUAUAUUGAGAUUACCCAAAUGGAUCAUCAAGUUCCACUACUUGAUCAAACUUCUGUAAAUGAAGCUACAGAGUAUGAGAUGAAUGAAGGGAGAAAAAUGGAUCAUAUAAUCGAGAUGAAGGAAACAAAUGGUCAAGAUCCAUCAGGAUCGCAAACAAAUAAAUCUAUAAAUCAAAUCUUUGAUGAAAAAUUUAAGAAAUUAGACAACUCGUCUGUCAAAUCCACCACCAUAUUCAAAGUGUCUGUGAAGCUGCGUGAAUCAAAUCCAGAUGCUUAUAAGCCAAAAUUGAUUUCCAUUGGUCCUUACCAUAGACACAAUCCUGAUCUUCGCUCCAUCGAAAAGUACAAACUGAUGUACCUACAAAGAUUUCUCCGAAGGAAAGAGGGGAUUGAUGUGGAAAGUUGCAUCAGAGAAUUGGAGGAACUGAAGGAUGAAGCACGUAAGUGUUAUGAUGACAUAGAAGACCUUGAUAGUGACAGCAGCACUGGUCAAUUUUUGCAAAUGUUAUUACUUGAUGGUUGUUUUGUGGUUGAGUUUAUUCGAGAGUGUUACGGAGAGAUCCCAACUGAAGAAGACCCAAUAAUCAAUGCAGCCUGCAUAUACUAUCAAGUAAGGCGGGACUUGAUGUUACUUGAAAAUCAGCUUCCUUUCUUUGUACUCACCAAGCUUCAUGACAUGACAAAGGACGUUGAUGAAACAGAGGACGUUGAUGAAACAUCAUUCCCAAUAAUGGUGAAGCGUACCUUUCUUCCUUUCUUACCGAAGUUUACACCAACAUCCUUUCUUAAGACGGAAUGUAAUGCGGAAAAUAUCAAACACUUACUUCAAUUAGUACACAUGUCAUGUUACCCUUCAGAGAUGAAAACUAGCAUAAUUAGGAAUUCUCGCAUGAGAGAAGUAGAAAGGGACAGAGCUUAUUGCAGGAAAAGCUUAUGCUGGAAUCUGUUGCCAAAAUUUAGGUCAAAAGAAACACCAAUAGAUAGGGACCACCACAUGCCAUGGCACGACAUCAUGCCAAAUGUAACAGAGCUUUGCGAAGCUGGAGUCAGCUUUACAAAGGUUGGAACUAUUUAUAGACAUUUGGACAAAGACAACCUUGAAGAUAACACAAGUUUAUUUGACAUUAAGUUCGAGAAUGGGUUGAUGAAAAUUCCUUGUUUUGAAGUCUCCGAUGAUACGGAGGCUACGUUGAGAAAUCUAAUAGCUUAUGAGCAACAAUCAUCUCAUGUGAGUCCUAAAUAUUUCUCUGAUUACGCAAUUUUCAUGGAUCGUCUUGUCGACUCAGAAAGAGAUGUGAGUUUGCUUCGUCAAAAAGGAAUCAUUAGAAACAUAAUAGGAGAGGACAAAGAAGUGGCUAUGCUCUUUAACAAAAUAGGGAAAGGGAUCAGUAUUUCACAUGACUUCUAUUAUAAAGAAGAUUGCAAAAAAAUAGUUCAACAUUGUGAAAAACCAUGGAACCGAAUGAAGGCAAAUUUGAGGAGCAAUUAUUUUCAUAGUCCUUGGGCAGGAGUUUCAACAGUGGCAGCCAUCAUACUCCUCUUACUCACAGCUACACAGACAGUUCUAUCUGUCCUAAGUGUCAUUAAGUAGUCACUUCAAUUAUAUGCCAUUGUUGAUUUGCUUUGUUA